UUACCAUUUUCCCGAAAAUUCGGGAAAAUGGGGUGCGCUGUGAGCAGCACCGGUGAAAAAGAGGCUGCAGCACGUUCCCGAAAAAUCGACAAGGAUCUAAGGGCUGAUGGAGAACGUCGUCAAAGCGAGGUCAAACUCCUGCUACUCGGAGCGGGUGAAUCAGGAAAAUCCACAAUAGUGAAACAGAUGAAAAUAAUUCACGAGACUGGUUACAGCAGAGAGGAAUGCGAGCAGUACAGGCCUGUAGUUUACAGCAAUACAAUACAGAGUCUUAUGGCGAUAAUCAGAGCCAUGGGGCAACUCAGAAUUGAUUUUGCAGAUCCCAGUAAAAAGGAAACAGCACGACAAUUUUUCACGUUGGCUGCAGCAGCAGAGGAAGGUGAGCUGACUCCGGACUUGGUCAUGUUAAUGAAAAAACUUUGGCAGGACUCAGGAGUACAGCUUUGUUUCACACGAAGCAGAGAGUAUCAACUGAAUGAUUCGGCAGCUUAUUAUCUAAAUGCUUUGGAUCGCAUUUCCCAACCCAAUUACAUCCCAACACAACAAGACGUUCUAAGGACACGAGUUAAAACUACCGGAAUCGUGGAAACCCACUUCUCAUUCAAAGGAUUGCAUUUCAAAAUGUUUGAUGUCGGAGGUCAGAGAUCAGAACGCAAGAAGUGGAUUCAUUGUUUCGAGGGUGUGACAGCGAUCAUAUUUUGCGUGGCUUUAAGCGGAUACGAUUUGCUCCUGGCGGAAGAUGAGGAGAUGAACAGAAUGAUCGAGUCGAUGAAACUCUUUGAUUCGAUAUGCAACAGUAAAUGGUUCGUAGACACUUCGAUAAUACUCUUCCUGAACAAGAAGGAUCUCUUUGAAGAAAAAAUAGCAAGGAGUCCGCUAACAAUCUGCUUCCCCGAGUACAAGGGCCGCAACACCUACGAGGAGUGCGCUUCGUACAUCCAAUUGAAAUUCGAGAAUUUGAACAAAAGGAGGGAACAGAAACAAAUAUACACGCACUUUACGUGCGCCACUGACACGAGCAAUAUUCAAUUUGUUUUCGAUGCUGUAACUGAUGUUAUAAUUAAGAACAAUCUUAGCAAUUGUGGACUCUUAAGCUAAAGCUAAGGCAACUGCUUAAUCUCAUUCUCGAAAUUCAUAAUUAGUUUUGUAAAGAGUUAUGUUCCAUUUUUUGGUUCCUAAAACAAGGCUGCAAAAAAACUGAGCGGUUUUUUCAGAGGCGUUUAUCACUUUGUGAAGCUGUGAAUAGCUUGUACAAAAAAAAAGAUGAAGCUUUUAUAGGAAAUUUGGAAAGGAGGUUAGAGUUUUAAACUCGCAAAAAGGUUUGACGAAUAAAAGGUAACAUGUAAUAAUGCAGAAGAAUUUUUUUACGGGAGAAGCUCUCUGAGAUUUUAAGUGCCUGUGGAUAUUUUAAUCCAUUGACAUCAGUGGCCUAUAUAUUUUGUAGUCUAUUGAAUUCAUAGUGCCAAUUCCAUUUUUUAUUCCAAAGGCGCGUUUUUAUAUGUAAUAUAUUGUUCACAAAAAGCAUUGUAAUCUCAGACAUGAAAAUUUAAGUUUAUAGCUGUGCUUGAGCUCACUAACUUGCCUCACAGUUUUGUGCCUUUAUUGACUUGCACAAUGCUUCGUGUUUACGUGUAUUUAUACUUUUAUACGAACUAAGCGAAAGUUUUUAUAAGAGACUUAGAAUGUAUGUUUCAUUAACAUAACUUCCGGAAGGAGUGUUUUACUCUUCUGUUUAACCAGAAAGUCGCGACGAUUAAGUUGGGCUUCUGUCUAUACGAUUUUACUAUCAGAAAUAUCUUUAUAUUGUAUACAUGGAAAUAAAAAGACACCUUUUUUAAA